AUGCUACUCGACCUCCCCAAUGAAAUCCUUUUGUGCAUUGCUGAAAGUUUUGACCGGUCCCGCGACAUCUUGUCGUUUGCCCGAGUUGCCAGACGAACGUCUCACCUGCUGCUCCCGUUCCUCUACAAAUUCAAUAUUGGAAAGCAACACAGCUCGGCAUUAUGCUGGGCUACCCAGCAUAAUGUCUCGCGGUUGGCAGAACGACUUGUUCGAGAGUACCAUGGCAAUGUGAACGCUGUCCAUAACGGCAACACUCCGCUCCUCUACGCCGCCUCGAAUGGCUCAAUCAAAGUUGUUGAUGCUCUCCUCGCUAGCCAGCAGACCCAAAUUAACUGGCGCAAUGCAGAGGGUCAAUCUGCCCUCUGGUGUGCCGCAUGGUACGGAUAUAUUGACAUUGUUAAGCGAUUAUUGCAGCAACACCACAUUCAAGUCAAUAUUGCUGAUCGAACACGGGGGACAACGCCUCUGGCAGUGGCUGUAAUACGGGGACAUGCUGAGACUGUGGAGUCUCUCUUGACAAUUCGGCGAGUCAAUGUUAACAUAAGGGACCGGCGUGGCUGGACUCCGGUUUUUCAUGCUCUCUCCCGUGCCAUUUCCUACGGGGACCGGAGCAUCUUAGAGAUGAUUCUGACAAGGCCAAACGCGGAUCUUUUGCAUCAGGAUGAAGAAGGCCGUACACCACUUAUAUAUGCGGUGCAGCAUAACGAAGCAAGCCUCACGGUGAUGCUCUUGCGCCAUCCGACAUCCCGCACCGAGCCUCGGGAUUUCCACGGUCGGACGGCUCUUUGGUACGCCGUACAACAAGGAAACACAGACAUUAUCCAGCUUCUCUUGGACAGCGGCGCGGAUAUCGCUGUCCUAGACGACUAUGGAGAGACCCCACUCCAUAAGUCCAUUAAGGACGGAAACCUGUCCGCAACCCGGUUGUUGCUGAGAGAUCCUACGGUAUGGACCCCCGUGUUCGCGCUGCAUGCGGUCAAUAACGUGCUGCCACCCCUGUGCAUGGCGGCUGAUCGGGGAAGCAUAGAGAUGGUGCGCUUGCUUGUGGAAUGUGGCUGGUACGUGAAUGAAGUGGAUGUAGAAGGGCGAACGCCAUUACACUGCGCCGCAGAGAAUGGAGACGACCCAGUCGUCCAGGUACUACUGACGAACGAGCAGCUCGACGUAAACGCACGAGACCACCGGAAGUCGACCGCCUUGCACGAAGCCGCCUGGAAAGGGCAUUUGGCAGUGGCCGAUCUACUCCUGACUAAGCCCAACAUUGAUAUCAACGUCGAGGAUAGGUACGGCUGCACCCCGCUGUGGUAUGCCACGCGACACGGUCACCACAACGUGGCUUUGAGGUUACUGGAAGAGUCAAACGUCAUCGUCAAUGCUGUGUGUCGAUUUCAGAUUCAGCCUGAGAAAUCAACAUCGCUCCAUCAUGUGGUUGACUGCGGAUCAACGCAGCUCGUGCAGCGGUUGUUGGCCCAGACAGCUCUGACCCCCAACAUAACCGACCACUACGGCCGCAGUCCAUUGGGUUGUGCGUCGCACGCAGGUAACUUGCCAAUGGUGGAGCUCCUGCUGGGUCGAUCUGACGUGCAGGUGAAUGCAGCAGAUCAAAACGAACAGCCACCACUGUGGUCAGCUGCUUUGCAAGGACAUAUCCAGGUCGUCGAGCGCCUGCUGCAGUGUGGAGAUAUUGAUGUCAAUCAGGGAUGGGGGCCUUACUCGUCUCCGCUCCUGGCCGCAAUUACGCGCGGUCAUUCCGAUGUAGCCAUGCGGUUGCUGAAUUGCGUCCCGCGGCUGGAUGUCAAUGUCCGGACCUACCUAGGGGAUUCCGCUCUCUCCCUGGCCGCCCACCAAGGAUAUACGGACGUGGUUGCGCGUUUGUUAAAAAUUUGGCAGACUGACCGGAAUGGCGCCGACAGGUGGGGACGCACUGCGUUAUGGUGGGCGGCCCAGGCGGGUCAGGCUCUAGUCGUGCAGCAGCUACUGGAGGACGACCGGGUUCUAAUCAACGUGGUGGAUAACGAUGGGGUAGAUGCUAUGCAUGCUGCGCGUAGCCAUUAUCAUUUUGACGUUGCUCGGCUGAUUCAGACUCAUUGCUCUAUGCGAUACAGUAACUGGACAGGCGGUGGCCCCCACAGCUUGAGGACUAGGAGCUAG